AUGGCCGAGUUUUUGGUCUUCGUGGGCGCCCUCGUCGCCGGGACGGGUUGCUCCCUCUGCAGCAAGGUGCUGCUGUCCAUGCAGAGCGUGGGCCUGAGCGGCGAGCUCGAGUCGUUCCAGAACCCGCUGUUCCAGACCUGGGGCAUGUUCCUGGGCAUGGUCUUCGCGCUGCCGGUGCACUUCCUCAUGGAGGCGAACAAGCGGCGCAAGAAGAAGCGCGGCUACGCGACGAUCGGCGACGACGCGCCCGAGUUCAAGGAGAUCACGGGGUCCACGUACCUCCUCCUGGCGAUCCCGGCGCUCUUCGACCUCGCGGCGACGGCGCUCUGCAUGUUCGGCCUCACUUACAUCGCCGUGUCCGUCUACCAGAUGCUCCGCGGCGCGGCGAUCGUCUUCGUGGCGAUCCUCAAGCACUUCGUCAUCAAGGACAAGCUCAGCGGCUUCAUGUGGGUCGGCGUCGGCCUCAACGUCGUGUCCAUCCUGCUCGUCGGCGCGACGGCGUCGUCGUCGGGCGGGCCCGAGGGCAAGGACCCGCUCGUCGGCGUCGGCCUCAUCCUGGCGGGCGCGUUCGUGCAGUCGCUGCAGUACGCGUUCGAGGAGAAGGUCAUGUCCGGCGACGUCGGCGCGCCGCCGCUGCUGGUCAUCGGCAUGGAGGGCUUCUGGGGCUUCUUCGUCUGCACCUUCGUCCUCUACCCGCUCCUCUACGGCCUCGGCGUCGAGGACCCGUUCGACACGUGGGUCAUGUUCAGGAACUCGACGGAGAUCCAGGGCAUGUUCCUCCUCUACUUCGUGUCCAUCUUCUUCUACAACAUGCUCGCGGUCCUCGUGACCUUCAUGCUCAACAGCGUCUGGCACGCGAUCCUCGACAACUUCCGGCCCAUCACGGUCUGGGUCACGGACCUCUUCCUCUUCUACGCCGUCACGGCGGGCUCCUUCGGCGAGGCCUGGGUCUGGCCCGGGUCCUACAUCCAGGUCCUCGCCCUCGCCGUGCUCCUCUACGGCACCGCGGUCUACAACGGGUCCGUCAAGGUCCCGGGCUGCGAGUACCCGCCGGAGCCGUCGCUCGUGCCCGCGUCGCCGCUGCCCGUCGUCCGCGCGUCGCCGUCCCUCCAGGCGUCGUCGCUCCUCAAAUCGCCCCUCAUCCACGGCACGCCCGGCUCCCGCGGCACGCCCGCGUCGCGCCGCAUCCCGCAGACGAUCACGGAGCUCCCGGCGAAGCCGGGCGUCUCGCGCACGAACUCCAUGUAG